UUCCCCAGGCUCAUGUCUGAGGAGUGCGGGCGGCCCGCAGCCCUGGCGGCCGGGAGGACACGGAAAAGCGCCGGGGAAGGGGGCCUGGUGAGCCCCGAGGGCGCGGGCGACGAAGACUCGUGCCCGUCCUCCGCCCCGCUGUCGCCGUCCUCGUCGCCUCGGUCCAUGGCCUCGGCGUCCGGUUGCCCCCCGGCCAAGUGCGUAUGCAGCAGCUGCGGCCUGGAGAUCGUGGACAAGUACCUGCUCAAGGUGAACGACCUGUGCUGGCACGUGCGGUGCCUCUCCUGCAGCGUCUGCAGGACCUCCUUGGGCAGGCACACCAGCUGCUACAUCAAAGACAAGGACAUCUUCUGCAAACUGGAUUACUUCAGAAGAUACGGGACCCGCUGCUCCCGCUGCGGCAGGCACAUCCACUCGACGGACUGGGUCCGGAGGGCCAAAGGCAACGUCUACCACCUGGCCUGCUUCGCCUGCUUCUCCUGCAAACGGCAGCUGUCCACCGGCGAGGAGUUUGCUUUGGUGGAAGAGAAAGUCCUCUGCCGGGUGCACUACGACUGCAUGAUGGACAACUUGAAGAGAGAAGUGGAGAACGGGAAUGGGAUCAGCGUGGAAGGCGCGCUGCUCACCGACCAGGACGUCAAUCACCCCAAACCGGCCAAAAGGGCUCGGACCAGCUUUACUGCCGAUCAGCUCCAGGUUAUGCAAGCCCAGUUUGCUCAGGACAACAAUCCCGAUGCCCAGACGCUCCAGAAACUGGCAGAGAGGACGGGCUUGAGCAGACGAGUGAUCCAGGUCUGGUUCCAGAACUGCCGGGCGCGCCACAAGAAGCACGUCAGUCCCAACCACUCCUCCACGGCUCCGGUGACGGCGGUGCAGCCUUCGCGGCUGUCCCCCCCCAUGCUGGAAGAAAUGGCGUACUCGGCGUACGUGCCGCAGGACGGGACGAUGCUCACGGCCCUCCACAGCUACAUGGACGAACGGGGGGCCCUCAGCCCCCCCACACUGCGCUUCAGGAUAAAGGAUGACAAAGGGGGGGCUCGCAUUAAAGAAGCGAAGCCUGGGGCCCCAGAGGAAGCAGCCAUCUCGGGCCCUUUGUCCCCCGCCCUUAAGCCAAGUUCUCUCCAGCUGGGCGGAGUUAGUUCAGGGCCGCCGCGCCGGGAGCCCCCUCGGAGGGAGACACGCCUGAAGCACGUCCACUUCGGGAUGCUCCAGAGGGGCCCAGGGGGUCCCCGAGAGGCAGCUACCACCGGGCUCUCCGAUCCCGCCGUUAAGAAAUUCAGUUGCACCGAAGAGAAAUUGCAGAAGGAAAGCCGGAAAACCAGCACCGGCGAGCAGCAGCCAGGACGCGGCCAGCCUUACAAAGGAGCAGGAGAAGUUCUUACCGGCUUACUGAGCGGAGCCAGAAGGGGGCAGCCAGCGGAGACCAAAGAGAUAGGAGUGAAUGGCCUCACGAUGGAGUGGCCAGAGGCCGAGGGUCCCAAGCCAAGCCGGGUCAGGCGAGCAGCCCUGAAGUGA